UGUGACGGAGAAACGCAUAGUUCAUGUACUUUCACUACAUAUCUUUUAAUUAAUCACAAUGGCAAGUAUGAAUACCAAGCCCUUUUUCUUUUUCUGCUUGUUUUGCACAUUGUUGCUCAUCUCUGCUGAGGUAGCAAUUGAUCAACCAUCCAAAGAUGAGGAACAAGUAUACCCUGAUCGCCGGGGAGGAAGUGGUCAUGGUGGAGGCUGGAAAGGAGGUGGUCGUGGACGCGGUGGAGGCGGGAAAGGAGGUGGUCGUGGUGGAGGCAGGGGAGGAGGUGGAGGACAUGCCGGAGGACAAGAUCGCUGAUAAGACAUUGCGGCGGUUAUCUGUUACUAUUGAUGUAAAAAUGUUAAAAAAGAAAUAAAAACCUAGAUGCACCAUGUACUAACUGUAGCAUCUAGGAACUAAGAAAUAAAGUAUAAUCACCAUGCUCUUGUACUAUAUAUCGUUAAUUAUAUAUGUUAUAUCUUUAAUAUUACCAUACA